CCUUGAUCAGUUGCAAUUCCGAACAGGUGCGGCAGUGGAGGACGCCAGAAAAAUAAUGCGUUCGGCGGUCGGCUGACUUUUAAUCGCCAUAUAAAGCAAUACACGGUGGAUGUCAAGUAGCCACUCAGGAGCUUUCUGAGGUAUUAAACCAACUGUGGCGUCUGGAUGUCAAUCGCCUCAAGCCAGGCACUGAUUACAUCAUUGCUCCUCAGGCAGGGGCGAGCCGGCUAUGUUGCUCAGGGCAGCAACGUAGCAAGGGACCGAGCUCGGGAGCCGCUCUUCAAGUAUGUCAAUGAAGACAAGCUGAAGAGCAUGAAAACAUAUGCACACUUCAUCAACUUGCUGGACAACUACGAGAUGUCCACGGGCGUGUCCGAAUCGGUGACGCGAGAGGAACUUCGGGAGAACCGCAGGUUCCUGGACGCUAUCCUGGAGACGGACGUCAUGAAGUGCGCUCAUCAGUAUCUGGUCGAGAAGAGACAGUCGCCACCUGAUGUUGAGGGCUUCAAGAAGCAACUCUACGACAUUUGGUUUCGUCUGUACCACCGUGACAGAAGUGGAGGGGAGGACUCGUGCGGAUUCGAACACGUGUUUGUUGGCGAGACCAAGCAGGGUCAAGAGAUUACGGGCCUUCACAACUGGGUACAGUUUUACCUGCAAGAGAAGCACGGCAACAUUGACUAUAAAGGCUACAAAGCCAGAGACAACAAAAACACUCCUGACGAAGACGAUCAUGUGCUCAACUUGCAGUUCAGCUGGAAAGGCCUGCUCAAGCCAGUAGGGGGCUCCUUUGUAGGGGUGAGCCCCGAAUUUGAGGUGGCGAUUUUCACCAUCGUCUUCCUGGCAUCCGGAGACAAGAGCACCGCGCUGGAAGUGAAGGUGGAUGAGUACGUGCUGGAGCUGGUGGUCCACAGACACGGACGCUCCAUUGGGUCGUCUUACCCCAAGCUCCUCAGCAGCAACCACCGUGACUUGUAAUUUGGUCGAAAUUUUUUCCUUCUCAAAAUACUCUACAGUUUAUUCCCAAAAAUUUCUACACACACAAAUCUUUUUUUUCAUGAUAUUAAAUGUUUCAGAUUAGGGUGGCCAUAUUUUGACUUCCAAAAACAGAGGCAACUUUGCACGGUCUCGAGAUAGUUGUAUCCAAGGGUGUAGGUUUGCGUCGGGACAUAACACUACCAACUUUUCAGGAUGCUGAAAUUUUCCCCACCAACUUUGAAGCAACUUUAGUUAAAUUAUAUAAUUAUAAUUGAUGAUCAUUAUUAACGAUAAUCAUAUAAAGUGUCUUCCCAUAUGUUGCAAGAAUAGAAAUGACCCAUUAUUACUGUAAUUUUCGCACCAUAAGGUGCAUCUGACUAUAAGCCGCCACCCACCAAAUCUGACACCAACGGCAUUUGUUCAGAGAUAAGCCGCAGCUGUCCUCCUGUAUAAUGAAAUAUUUACACCAAAAGAUAUCAACUCAUAAGACUCAUACUAAAUGAACCCCCAUGAAACCAAUUGGCUGCAAAGCUUCAUUGCUUCAAGAAGCUUCAAUUUAGCUAUCACUGUUCCCUUGGGGUAGACUGUCAACCUCUGCUGCCAACACUGUUGUCGUCCAACAUGCUUCCUAGCAUGUAUUGCAGCGCUACAGAUGUAAAUAAAUCAAAAUUAAUGUUCUGUGCUAAUUAUUUCUUCAGUUACUGUUCUAGUUGUUUCAUUCAUUGCUAGUUAGGGAAUUUGGUAACACUUGAUUUGACAGUGGCGCCAUAAGACCAUCAUAAUUAUGACCUGACACUGCCAUGAGCAUUAAUAAAUGCUUUUGACAAAUGUCAUUUUGUGUCAUCCGGCAAAUUACCUCACUUUUGAACAGAUGUAAAAGAAGAUCUGAGCUGGACAUAAAUUGAGUUAGUGACAUAAUUUGCCGGAUGACACUUAAUGACAUCUCUCAUAAGCGUUCAUUAAUGCCCAUGAUGUCAUUCUUAUGACACUGCUGUCACAUUGUUACCUAUUAAACCAAAUCAACAAAUAAGCCGCACUAGACUAUAAGCCUCAGGAUUCAAAAUGAGGGGGAAAAAAGUAGCGGCUUAUAGUCCGAAAAUUACGGUAAGUGAAUUACUGUAUUAUGUUCAGACAUACACUUACCCCUUUUCACCUGCAGAAUGUGCCGGUCCAUUUUUUCCCCCUCAAACGCACGUCUGAUUGGCUGAUGACUAGAACAAGCAAGCACGCACACUCACACAACUCCGACAGAAAUACAUGUCAACAUGCCGCUUCCCCCACCCCUUUCAAAGACGAGAGAUAUUAGAAUUUUUUUUUUUAUGGCCAGCAGCCACUGUUAGUAAACGUCAAUGUUGUGGAGGUGGGGAACAUGCCAUUAAUUUUGCAACUGAAAGCCCAACCUGCAUCACAAUUAGCAUACCAUUAAACCGUGAACUUGCUAACCUGCAACUCGAAUAGGAAGCAGAUUAACGUGUCCUCCUGUAAUGUAUGUGUUUUCUACCAUUAACGUUAAUUCAAUUGUGCAUUUUUUCAUUAAUUAAAAUAUAUUUUCUCCAUCAUUCAUUGAAAAAUUAUUUGCAGCCUAUGCAGACAUUUCUUUAAAAAAAUCACACAAAAACACAACCAUUGUAAAUUUCCUUGAUAUGAAGUUGGGAUUUCCCCCAUGAAUUUAUUUUACAUUUUUGCAUAGGCAACACAACAGCAUAUCUCUGAGAAAUGUAGCCCUGACCCCCGUUCACCCAGUCUGUUUGGUCUUAUAAAUGUCCCGUUCCCAGCAAAAAGUGUAUAUGCAGGUUAUGCUGUUAUAGCGUCACUACCAAUGUUGAGACCAAAUCUACGCCCUUGGUUGUACCUCUACUUAUGAAAUUGAUUCUGUCAGUAGACUCAUUUUCCAUGUAAAUGUCCUGAUCCAUUCCAAGCCCCACCAAGUUCAGACAUCUUUUAUAAACAAUUUUUACAAUUGGAUUAUUGCACAAUAAUUGUAUAUAUAGUAAAGAGUAAAAGCUACUCUCGUAAAGCUGUCAGAAACCUCAUUGCCCGAGGGGCUAAUGAAGAGGACGCUGGGAAACGCAUGUACACAUACAGUAGAGGUCCCUCUUCAGCAAUCGGAGGCCCGGAAGAUGCUAGGCAAUAGCCAACGGCAGAGCAACUAUAAGUUUGUUAUGUUCAGUAAACUGGGAGCUACAAGUAGCAGCCCAUACACUAUUUUUGCCUUUCAUAUCCUGAAAUUGUGUAACAAGAGGCAAUAUUUUCCUGCUGGGGCAUGUCGUAACCUGAAAAUUCCACACGUAGAGAUGUUCAUAAGUAGAGGUACCACUGUACUUAAAGGGAUCCAUGGAUAGAAAGACUUGUAUUUUUUAAAAGAUCAACUGUAUCAUGAUUUAAAAUAAUUUGAUAUUGAAACCCCUCUCGACGUUUUCGUUUUCAUACAAUUUGUAAAAUUUAACUAGUUGGUGGCCAUUGUUGUUGACGUCACAAGGUUACGCUGCCGGGCUUACAGAAUGACUAGCGAGAUAAUCAUGUCAUCUGGUCAACCCUUUCAAUUUGAACCUGAGAAGAAAAAUUAUGAGCAUGACAGCAACGUCGAUAUUUCACAAAAUGAGCAGGAAAAAAAGCAAAAUGAACAGGAAAGACUGGAUGAGACUAGACGAGAGUAUGACAAAACUGGUGUUUUGCCAAAAUGUGCUACACCGGCGAAAUGUGCUACAAGAGGUGAAUUUGACACCCAAAGAACUACCGUGCGCUUUCAGCUUGUUUAGAUACAAACAGAAACAUACUAAAGAUUUUUUGCAUUUUGUUCUAUUAUCCACUUCAUUACAGGUAGUAACGGUUAAGUAUAUAGAAUGAUUCAAAUUAGUUUAUUCCGGUUUUACCCCAAUUAUAAAAUUUAAUGUGGCGUGUCAGUAGUGCUUGGAAGGGAUUAUGGCAUUUUACAUGUAAAACAUAUUUACUAAAUUUUCAGGUUAUGAGACAACUUCCAGAAUCAAUUCAUGUAGUAAGUAGAAGUACCACGGUAUAAGGCACAUUUUUGAGAAACGAAGGCUUUUGGGUGCGCUUUAAAGUGCACAACAUUGAUAGCUACCUUUUUGUAUUGAGAAACAGGUUUUUGUAUACCAUUUUAAGCAUUCUGUAAUAAAAUACACCAGCUCUCAUUUUUUUGUCCAUAUAGUGAAAGAACAGACAGAAAAUAAGUA